AUGAAACCGACCACCUUCCUCUUCUUCCUCGCCCCAGCCGCCGUCCUCGCCGAGUCAAAUCAACCCGCCGCUCCCGCCAGCCUCUCGCACAACUCCCCACCCGUCUCAAUACGAGACCUCGCUCCUCGGGAUCAAUUCGUCGCCUCCGCGCGCGAUCUCGAUCUACCCGAAGACGAGGUGCGCAUGUUGGCCGCUAGACAUGUGCUGCAGGUGCGCAGUGAGGGAUCCUUGGGCCAGACGCCGUGGAUUGGCAUGGCUAUUGGGUUGACCUUUACUGCGUUGACAGCUGCGAUGCUUGGCUGA